GUUUUGAAAUUUUUUUAAAAAGCAUGUUUGGAGAAUACUGAACUUACUUACGGCGCUAAGUUUAAAUCAGUGUGCUUUAACAAUCAUCCCAAGUAGAACAUUCAAAAAAAUAUAUAUGCAAUAAUGGAGCUUGAUUUCGGACUGGAUUACUUUAUGUCAGGAGCAUUGCCUACACCUGAACCACAAGAUGGAGAUAUAAAACACCUGAAUCCUUUAGAACUGAACAUUGAUUUUCAAUUGGGAUGCGGAAAUAAAAAAAAAUCUAGUAUGGAUCAUGUGAAAAGACCUAUGAAUGCUUUUAUGGUAUGGUCUCAGAUAGAACGUAAAAAAAUGGCCGAUAUAUAUCCGGAUAUGCACAAUGCCGAAAUAAGUAGGCGGUUAGGUAAACGGUGGAAAUUGCUAUCCGAUGCUGACCGCAGACCUUUUGUAAUUCGUUCUGAGAAAUUAAGGGAAGAGCAUAUGCGACGAUAUCCUGAUUAUAAAUAUCGGCCAAAGAAGAAAGCUAAAGAACUAGCGGCUAAAGAAUUGGCAGCCAAAGAAUUAAAGAAUUUUUCAAAAGUUUGUGAAUAUAAUAUUGUCACUUUAACAAACGGAAGAAAUGACGAUUGGGAUAAAAGCAAAUAUACAAACAAUGUAGCGUGUUGUGAAAACAAUAAAGCGCCCCCUAAUAAGACUUUUGUUACCAUAUCACGACAAGUUGGUCAGAUUGGUAGUUUAAGCAACAUAACAGUAUCACCUCAAAAAUGUAUAGAUAUUCCUCCUUCAACAUUAUCACCACCAUCUGUUGUACCAGAUUGUUGUGGUACACCACCGGACGAAUAUAACUCUGAAUCGUUUUAUAACUAUGAUUCUUUUUCUGGAAAGAACAAUUCAAAUUCCCUAUAUCAUGAAGAUAUGGACUUAUUGAUAAAUUUUGCUCGUUUUACUGAUGGACUUCCGGAUCUUUAUACAACGCCGGAAGUUUCUGAAAUGUUAACUGGUCAAUGGCUAGAGAACGAUCUCGGUUUUUAAAAAUUUUUUUUGAAAUUAUAUUUUUAAGUCAAAUCAAAAGUUUAGGUUAUUUUUAACUAUUUAUAAUUUAUUUGUCUAAAUUUUGUUUGUUCUGUUUUUAUUCUAUAUAGUAAUUCUCUAAUUGACUUUUAUUAAAUACCAAAAGUAAGAAAAUGUUUUGAAAUGUUUGUAACUUGUUCGUUUCGCUAGAAAGUUUAUUUUUGUGAAUGCGGGUUGACUCCCACAUAUCUUUUGCGCAUAAUUGUUUGAGGUUUGAAUAUCUCAUUUUGUUGAUAUUUUUUUGUACGUAUUUAUUUUCUUUGCGAUGUAAAUAAAAUACUCUCACAAUA